AUGUCCGAUCCAAGUUCGAGCUUGAACAUAUCGGAGGCGUUCGCGAAACCCGUGCGAAGAUAUGGACGCUAUUAUAAUCCUCCAUCUUUCGAGUCAUGGACAGGAUUACCAGGUCCCCGGAAACUUCUCUGGUGGGCUCUACUGGAUAAAGACGAGUCGAACAUACCAGAUAACGAAUCUAUACUCGAUAAAACAGUGCCUGUUCACCAAAUCACGAAGUUCGUAUCCCCAUCGAAUCGAAAAAUGUUCGCUACUUGGCUUGGACAUUCCACUGUUCUGGUUCAGAUGGAAGGCGUACGAUUCAUUACGGAUCCAAUUUGGUCGAAAAGGGCCUCUUUCCUACAAAGUAUCGGCCCAAGGCGUUACAGACCACCACCGAUGGAAAUGGAAGACUUGCCCGAGAUUCACUUCGCGGUCAUUUCACACGAUCAUUAUGACCAUUUGGAUGUGGACACAGUCAUUAGGAUCAACAGCUUCAACCCAUCUAUGCGAUGGUUCGUACCAGGUGGUAUCUUAGACUGGAUGAGCACUAUAGGAAUCAGAAAUACCGACGAACACCCGGAUAAGGUCACUGAGAUGGAGUGGGGAGACAACAUAUCAUUUUCGGUUGAUGGCAAGAAGGUAACAGUAUGGUGUCUGCCAGCUCAACACUGGGGACAACGAGGACUGUUCGAUCGGAAUGAGCGGCUGUGGUCCGGAUGGGCAGUGAUGACACCAAAUCGUCGGUUCUACUACACCGGUGACACGGGUUUCUGUGAUAAGGAGUUCAAGAAGAUUGGCGAUUUGCUUGGUCCAUUCGAUCUCGCUGCAAUCCCCAUCGGAGCAUACAACCCACGGUGGAUGCUACAACCGGAACACAUUGAUCCUCAUGAAGCUGUACUUGUUCAUGAACUUGUAAAGUCCAAAUUCUCGAUUGGUAUUCAUUGGGGAACAUACCAUAUGGGAUCACACGAGCUUUACCUGGAACCAAAAGAACUUUUGGAAAGAAUCGGAAAGGAAACCGGUCACGCUUCAAAUUUUGUUAUUCUUGAGAUGGGACAAAUUUGGGAAGACAAUGGAGACGAAGAUUCUGGUAUAGAAGAAGUGUAA